AUGACUGAAUCCACGGGUGGCAGUUCUGGUGGGAACUCAUCCAAUGACUUUGUCAAGAAACUUUAUCAAAUGCUACAGAUAGACGAGUACCAAAAUGUCGUGAGAUGGACUGUGGGUGGCGAUAGCUUUGUUGUUAUGGAUACAAAUGAGUUCACCAAGACAUUAUUACCCCGUCAUUUCAAACACUCCAACUUUGCAUCGUUUGUCAGACAAUUGAACAAAUAUGAUUUCCAUAAGGUUAAGAAACCCCUGGACGAACGGAACUUGGAGUACGGUGAUGAUGCUUGGGAAUUCAAACAUCCUGAUUUCCGGAGGGAUGACUUGGAGUCCUUGGAUAACAUCAAACGUAAAGGGCCCUCGGUAAAGAAAUCAAACCCAAACUCUGCAAUAGACGCUACAAUGGUAUCCAAUCAGUACACGGCUCAAUUAAGUCUCUUGAAAGAUCAAUUGGAGUCACUCAAGUCGGAAAAUAUAGAAAUCAGAAAGGAAUUGAAUGUUCUGUCAAACAAAUAUAAUGCCUUGGUGGAGAAUAUCGUGGGGUUAAAGUCCUUUACCGAAAGAUAUCAUCAUUCGUUAAAUGUGCUUGUAAAUUGCUUGGUUCAAGCAGGCAUAAAGCUCCCCCCACUUGACUUUGCCAAUCCAAAUCUAAUUACCAUGACUCAACCUCCAAGACCACCAGUUGUUGAUACUACCAUUAAGAGUACUCUGGUUAACCCCUCUCCCAUAGAUUUACCCCUGGAGCAGCAACAACUGCAGCAAACUUCUGUUUUACCAUUAGGUGGUGGUGGUGGCUCAGGGUACCAUCCGAUACCUCCUCAGUCACAACAACAACAACAACAACAACAACCCAUACGAAUGAAUCCUCAAAUGCUAGGACCCCAAGAACCAACUGCUCAACAACAACCGUCUCCUGUUAGCUUACCAUUAGGUGUUGGAGCUGGAGUUGGAGUCGGAGUUGGAGCACCGCUUCAAAAUCUCCAACAUUUCACUCCAAACAGUAGUAUAAAACCGGAGUUUCAUGUUUUACUAGUGGAAGAUGAUAAUGUGUGUAUUCAAUUAUGUCGAAAGUUCUUAUUGAAAUAUGGCUGUGAAGUCACCGUUGUUACCGAUGGACUAAUAGCCAUUGCGACGGUGGAGAAGAAGAAAUAUGAUUUGGUUUUAAUGGACAUUGUCAUGCCUAAUUUGGACGGAGCAACAGCUACAAGUGUCAUUAGAUCCUUUGACACCAAGACUCCAAUCAUUGCGAUGACAGGCAACUUAGAUGAUAGUGAUUUGGUUACAUAUUUACAGAAUGGGAUGUCUGAUAUCUUAGCCAAACCUUUCACAAAAGAUGAUUUAUAUAAUAUGUUGACCAAGCAUUUGCUCCCAUCAGCUUCAACAUCCUCAUCUUCACAACAACAACAACAACAACAACCUCCAGCUCAAGUCAAAGAAUCACAGCAACCUCCAGAAUCGUUACCACCAGUAGGAGUCGAUGUGGUUUCCAUUGUGGAUCCUACACCGCCAGGCAUGUCAAUGUCUCAACAACAAUCAGCUCCUAAUCAGAAUAUUGUGUAUUCAGAUGAGCCUUUGCUUAAGAAGCAACGGAUCUAA